AUGCAGUUUCGCCUUCUUCAUUUCUGGGAUGCUCGCAAGAAUGUCAAAGGAGGACCAGGGAUCCUUCUUGGGAUCGAGCUCCUUCUGAUUGACGCAGAGGGUACUGUGGCUCAGGGGUUCAUCGGUCAGAACCGUCGCAACCAAUACGAGAAAGAGCUCAAGCGUGGUAUGAUCUACACACUGACAAACUACUAUGCAUCGAACAACAAGGUGAUGUACCAUGUUGCUGACCAGAGGCUGGUAAUUUGCAUCUCACAUGCCUCUGAGCUGAGGAAGGUGGAAGAAGACAUUGAAGCCAUUUUGACAGAGCGCUUCAGAAUCCAUUCCUUUGCAGAUUUUGAAGCAAACUGCGCUCUCAGAGGAGAUCUUCACGAUGUUGUCGGCCACCUUAAGCUGGUUGAUGGGCAUCCUCUCCAUGAGCGUCCGAUUUUGUGUAUCAAGGAUGACUCAGCUUCUCGGAAAGUGUUGGUUCAUCUGCAACUUAAAGAUGGUCCAGUGAUUAACGUCUACCUAUGGGACGAGGCUGCGGUGAAUUUCCGCGUCAAGUUUGACGCAUGUGCAGACACUCCAACGGUUGUUUUGGUUACAACGGUCAAUCCUAAGAGACUCGGUGUUAUGCUUAAGUUCAAUGUCUUCAUCAAGGGUGUUCUUCGAUGAAGAGGUUGACCCCACCAAGGAAUACUUGG